AUGUCCACCUUCCAAAACCCCAACCUCUAUGAGUUUGACAAAACCAACCCCCAUAUGCGCCAGGCUAUGCCUGAUGAGCCAUUUGUUGGUAUAUACCAGAAAAUCCAGAUGUAUGCAGUUGAUCUCAUGAGUCAAUUGGACCCAUCAAGAGCUGAAGAGUACAAAACACUUCCGUUGAAAUACCAUGCUCAGUUAGAAGAUUCAGUUUUUAAAGGAUCAAUUCAAGACUACUUUGCAGGGUGUUUUGACAGUGAAUCCGUUAUUUUUAAGAAUUCCUUUAGAUCUAGUGUUGGAAGGGUGCAGUCUUAUCUUAGAUUCUUGUAUGAAAAGGACACUUGUAAAGAAGAGCUUGACAAAAUCAUAAUUAAGAACCCCCUGUUCAUUGUUGCACUCCCAAGAAGUGGAUCAACAUUCACACACGCCGUAUUGAGUCAAGACCCAAACGCGAAUUGUAUUGCACUAUAUGAACAUCUCUCUCCAGGAAGCAAGACGAUGUGCAGAGAAGGAAGAUUAGCUUUUGCCAACAAAAUUGUAAAUCCCAUAAUCAAUGAAAAAGACCAAUUCAACAAAGUUCAUGCACUUGACGAUGUCAAAAAAGCAGAGGAAGAAAUCUUCUUCAUGGAGAUGUUGGGACACACAUUAAUCUAUUCAUCAUGCCUACCAAGACUCGAACAGUACAGAGAAAACAUCUUCAAACGAUCAUACCAAUUCAUGUAUGAAGCAAUGAUCGAGGAGUUCAAAAUGCAUAUCAUGGACUUGGGAAUGACUGAGAAGCAACACCUUUGUUUGAAGGCAGUGUCGCAUUUCUUAAACCCUGGUGACUUCUUGGAUAUGGUCAGAAAGACUGAAGGAAGAGUAGUCUGGAUUCAUAGAGAGCCUAUUGCCGAGUUGAAGAGUGUGAUAACAGCAUACCUCAGAAUAAGAGGUAACUUCGCUGGCGACCUUGGCUUUGAUGACUUCAAGUGGCUCAACGAAAGUGUCAUUAGAAUGAACACCUUGUGUUUGAAGAAUUCAAUUGCGGCAAGAGAGGCAUGGGUCAAGGAAGACCCGAAGAGAGAAAAACAAAUCUACGACUUGGCUUUCUCAUCAAUGACAAAAGACCCCAUUGGAGAGACUAAAAAGAUCUAUGAGUACUUUGGAAUGGAGUACACACCAGAAUUCGAACAAAACAUCAAGAAUAUGGUCCACCCACAGGGAAGUUUCGGGAAGAUAGCAAGCGAUGACGACAAAAUAGUCUUUGACAAGGAGGAUGUGAGAAAAAGAUACAUGUUCUAUUACGAGAGAUUCAAAGAGUAUUUGCCAAAUUAUUUUAAAUGA